GAGCAUUUGUUCGAGCUCCGGGCAGGGUCGACGACGACGUCGCGCACAGUGCCUCGAGUGUUGUUGGCAGACACGGGGAGGGAGACGAAUGAAGAAUAGGGCUCGCGCGCUUCGUGCUUCCCUUGGUGCGUUUACUCGUAGGUCGACGACGGACGGACGAGUGCGAAUCGGCCUCCCGGGAGCGUCGAGCGACUCGGUUUAGGUUGUGGGUUGCGUCGGGUGUGGAUUGUGGGGGUUGCGGUAGAGGAUUGAUUUGCCGAGUGAGAGUGAGGUCUGUAAGAUCUGUGAGCGAUUGAAGCGAAAAGAACGAGCGCCCGCGAGAGAUCCCAACUGGACCGAGAGAUCCGAACAGAUAUUGGAGAUCGUGGUCGAAGAUCUCGCCGAAAACGUUGUCGUGCACGGCAGGAACGAGGCUCGGGAAUUUGAAAGCCUUUGAGGAGAUCUCAAGAGGAAAAGGAGGCGGUCGUUCUGUGAUUCGAAGCCGGCUCUGGUAUCGGGAAUCAUGGGUGUGAACUCGUUGAUUUACAGUUUUGUGGCACGAGGUACUGUCGUGCUGGCAGAGUACACUGCCUUCUCCGGCAACUUCAGCACAAUUGCAGUCCAGUGUCUCCAGAAGUUGCCCGCCAACAAUAACAAGUUUACCUACACUUGCGAUCGGCACACUUUCAACUACCUUGUUGAAGAUGGAUUCACGUACCUGGUCGUUGCCGAUGAGGACUUCGGAAGGCAGAUUCCUUUUGCAUUUUUGGAGCGUGUCAAGGAGGACUUCAAGAGACGUUAUGGAGGUGGGAGGGCAGAUACCGCGAUUGCUCAUAGCUUGGACAAGGAAUUCGGGUCAAAACUGAAAGAACAUAUGACGUUUUGCGUUGAGCAUCCCGAAGAGAUGAACAAAUUAUCAAAAAUCAAAGCUCAGGUUUCGGAAGUCAAGGGUAUCAUGAUGGACAACAUUGAGAAGGUACUAGAUCGCGGUGAGAAAAUCGAAGUCCUAGUUGACAAAACAGAUAAUCUUCGGACUCAGGCCGACAACUUUCAGCGUCAGGGUAGACAGCUGCGACGCAAGAUGUGGUUGCAGAACUUCAAAGUGAAGCUGAUAGUUCUAGCGAUCAUUAUUGUCGUGAUCCUGAUCAUAUGGUUAUCCAUUUGCAAGGGAUUUAAGUGCAACUAGCUGUUGAUCCAGAGGAAGAGAGGAAUUGAACGAAUUCGGUGGCGCUUCAAAGUUGGAAUAGAUUUUUGUCGAUAUGGAAGUCGAAGUGUACAGUUUGGCUGGUUUGAAGUUGUACAGGGAAUAACCUUACGUGUGUUUUAACCGGAGAGUGGAGUAAAAACUUAGUAACAUAAUGAACUUAGAAACGAGUGACAGUAUUCAGGAAAUCAACCACUUUUAGGAAGACCAGUUGCGGAGUUAUCCAGGUGUUAAUGUCCAAGUGAUCUGACCAUUGAUGUUAAAAAGAUGAAAAAAUUGGAGUUUGUUUCAUUCUCUGUUGUGAGUGUUCUGCAGUAUUCAUGGCUAACUUGUAUAAGAAUUGGUCAUGAGAAACAAGAAACACGGAGCUUUCUCGAGAAGAAACGCUGGAGAAACGCUGGAACGCAGGAGAAAUGCUUCUUAAAAAAAUUCCUCUCACGAGUACGAAAUACGGGUACUAAAUACUGGACGAUAGUCAGUCAGUCAUGUUGUCAUAGAUAUUAAACGAAAAAGCUUGGUCGACUGCGUGUGUCUAUGCGUCCUUCUAUUCUACAGUGGACGUUCAAAAGGUUGAACACUUCGAGUUAUUCACUCGUAAAAGUGAGUGUUCCACGGCAGACCUGAAUGAAGUUGCGAACCCGGUGCCGGGUAAGAGCAUUUGGGCUGCAAUGUUCAGUAGCACGUUUGGUAUGUUAACAGGUGAAGUUGUCAAAAUAUGUCAAAAUGUCUAUGUUCGGUUGUAUCAACGUGGCUUUCAGUCCACGUUACGACAGUGCAUGUUCGAUAUUGACCGCUGGCGUCGGUACACUGACGAAUCCUUUACAUGAUGGGUUUCGUCGACUUUUUCUUCGUUUCCAAUUGCGUAUGAAGAUCUUGCCCAUACUCGGACGCACACUCGACGUGUGCAUCGUGUUCAAGUUUUCGUUGUCAUUGAAUCAAAGGAUGUUCAUGAUAGAUACGCAGUUUUCCGGUCCAGAAGGUCUUGACAUAUGUCGCUAACUGUGGUCAACAUUACGGAGUUUAU